AUGGAACCGACGUACAAAAAGAACAAAGGCAAUGCCGGACUGAAAGGGGUUCAGUUACAAUUGGACCUGAUGACUGUGUGUCUAUUAAAUGCUCUCAACCACCACAAAAACUGGAAAAUAUCUAGUGAGAACCAAAACGCCGGGAAAUAUGACGACAUCGUGGUAGAAUUACCCGGAGGUAUUGCCGUUCUGGUUCAAGCCAAACAUAAAGAGAACAGGAAGAUCACCAAAGAGCAGUUGCUAUCGGACAACUCCAAAAAUGCCGACUUCAGUUUGCCGAAAUAUUUCUUCUCCUACGAAGAGAUCAAGAGUAAAUUUAGAGCUAAGACUGUUAUCAUUUGCACCAACACUGACAUCAAUACGAAGGGCCUAGAAAAUUAUUUAACCUUCCAGCGAGCCAAUCCUGAAAAUGUGUUAUACUACGAACACGAAUGCUGUUCCUUUUAUAAAUUCAAUGAAAACAUUUUGCCGGAUUUAAAAAGGAACGCAGAAGUUUACUUUAGCAAGAAUUUACGGGACAAAAGUAUCGACAAAGCAGUGAUUACAGAUGAAAACUUGAAAGAUUUCCUAAAAAAAUUGCAGAUUUUUUCCUCUUAUCCAUGCGAAGAUCGUUUGCACAAAAUUAUCGAACGAUUAUUAUCACGUUCGAACCCUUCCAGUUUGUGUUGCAAAAUAUCCGCUCAAGAAAUAUUGAGGAAGGUGGAACACUGGUUUAAACAUCCAAAGGGUGAAUAUUUGACAGAGAGACAAGUCAAAGCGAUGCUCUGCGAAAUAAAAAGCGACAAGUACUGCGAAUCGUUGAAAAACUACAACUUGUCGUUUGAACAGACAGACUUUAGCUUUACUGAUUCGAAUAGAAUAUUCUACAUUACAGUUGAGGAGGGUUAUUUGUUGCAGCUGUUGAAAAUACAUCAUGCUCUACGGGCCGAUAAAUGUGGAAAACUGUUUGUGAAUCCUAACGAAGGUCUAGAAGCGCAAAAACAAGUAAUAGAAGCGUUUGAGCUGCAACGCUAUGCCCUUUUGGUGAUGACUUGGACCGAAAUUACAGAAGAGGCUGCAACAAAUGAAAUAAGUGCCAAGUUAAGAGGAAUAUUGGACAAGUAUAAAUAUAAAAAAGUUGUUUUGGUGGAAGCAGGUAACAGUAAAUUGGCACAGCGGAUUGGAUUGGAUAUUUCUAAAGUUGAUGGGUCUGUAACGUUCGAUAACUUCUCGAAGGAUUGUCAGGAGAGGCUGAUGAACAGCAAAAACGUAAUUUUCCAAGGCAACACAGUCAGCUUAAAAGAACUGUUACACACGGAUACGUCUAUAGAUUAUACAAAAUCCUUAAAUUCACUAAUGCUAGAGAAACUAAUCGGAGGGGAAAAAGUUACAGUGGGGGUACAAUCUUUAGGUUUGGAUAAAGACAUUGCUCGAUCUUAUGUAAGUCGCAGGUUUGAGAAACACAUCGAUAAAGGUCAGAAGAGAGAAGAACCUUUGUCAGAGGAAAGCAUUUUUAACGUGAAAGGGAAAGCGAUAAUAAUCUCAGACAGUGCCGGUAUGGGUAAGAGCACUGUCCUCACCAAGAUGUCGGCGACUAUAAAAGAAAGAAAUAGUCAUUUGUGGGUUAUAAAAAUUAAUCUCAAUGAUUAUACGAGUAUUUUAAGAAAUACACUGAAAACGCAAACAAAAGUAAUAAGUGUGGUCGAGCUGCUGAAUUCCCGAGAAGCUACUAAGCUCACAAACCAGCUUGAAGAGAUCGUUUUUUUCAUGAACGAAAAGGUAGUUCUAAUGUUGGACGGUGUGGACGAGAUUAGCCCAGACUAUACGGACCUCAUACUCAACUUGCUCGGCCAAUGCCAGCAAGAUCCCAACUUUGUAAAAAUUUUUGUUACAACCAGACCUCACGUAGCUUUGAAGUUGAGAGCAGUUCUAGGAGUUGGAACGUUUAAACUGCUGCCCUUUACGAGAUCGGACCAGGUAAAUUUCCUUACGAACUACUGGAUACAUAACUUGAAUCUAAACUAUGGAAGUAAAACGAAAUGUGAACGAUAUGCCAAGAUACUAAUUGACAACCUAUCGUCUUGGACGAGAUCAAACUACUCUUCAGAAAAUUCCUUUGAGGAAAUCCCACUGCAAGUAAGGAUGGUGGCUGAGAUAUUUCAGGAAAGUGUCAAGUGGAAGGAAUCAGCGGACUGGGAAGGAUGUAAGGAGUAUUUAAGUGGGGAUAAAGCCGAACCGAAACUGCCUAAAAAAUUUAAUAUCGCGAUACUGUACGACGUUUUCAUUGAAAAGAAGCGAGACGUCUUCAUGGACAAGGGAAACACAAGCGGAAAUACGGUGGCGAAUCAAGCUUUCUCUAACCAUUUCAAAGGAUGCCUUGCUUACCACCACAGCCUUGCUUUAAAAGUGAUCCUUGGUGAAACAAAAAGUCGUUUAUUCUCAUGUUACGACUCAAGGGACGAAGACAUGGAAGAGUACGUGUUAAAGAUUGGAAUUGUGCACAGACUCGGUGACGAAUUCCAGUUCGUACACAGGUCAUUCGCGGAAUACUUUGCGACCGAUAGCAUAGUCCAAGAACUAAACAAUCAGAAUCCAAAUGUUGAGUUUCAGAGAUUCCUGAUCGACGUAUUGUUGCUUAAUGACAGAUUUGAAGUGGUCCGUGCUUUCUUAGACAUUUUACUACAGAAAGUUUCCUUGCCUCCUAAUAUCUUCAGAAACUAUCGGUCCGUCACAUCUGAGACUAACUUGGGUCUCAUUUUCAAUCUCGCAGGGGAAGGUUACACGACAAUCCUCCGGUUAAUUCUAAAAAGCAUAAACUUCAAGAUUAUUAGAGGUAAGGCGGUUGACGUCAAGGAAUGUCGAGCUAAAAUGACUUUUAAGAAAAGAAACACAUUAAACGAUUUGAAGGUGCUUGUGCGGAAAGCUGGAGUUAACAUUAAGGAUGAUUCUGGUAGCAGUCCACUACAUUUCGCAGUUAGGGGAGGCCACUGGGAGAUGGCGAACUUCUUAGUUGAGCAAGGCGCAAGUCUUAACCUUACGAGUAAUGACGACGAAACGGCACUUUACUUAGCUGCUGAAUACAGGAGAUGGAACAUCGUCAAUUACCUCGCGGAGCAAGGGGCAGACGUUAACGCCAACAAAAAUAACAGCACGGCACUACAUUUCGCUGCCGAAUUUGGCAGAAUGGACACUGUCUUAUGCCUCGUACAGCACGGCGCGUACGUUAACGUCAAAGAUAGUAACGGCAACACGGCAUUGCAUUUAGCUGCCGAAUAUCGAAGAUGGGACAUCGGCAAAUGCCUCGUGAAACACGGUGCGGACGUUAACGUCAAAGACAGUUACAACCGCACGGCACUGCAUUUCGCUGUUAAACAGAACUCAUUGCACGUCGUCAGAUAUCUCGUGAAAUACGGCGCAAACGUCAACAUUCAAGACAGUGACGACAGCACAGCGCUGCACUUAGCCGUCGGACGAAUCACUUUGGAUGUUGCGAAGUACCUGGUGGAACACGGAGCAGACGUCAACGUUAAACGGUGCGACGGCAGCACGGCGCUGCAUUUAGUUACGAAAUACGUGAAAAUAGACGCCGUCGAAUACCUCGUGGAACACGGUGCCAACGUUAACGCUAAAGACGACAACGGCAACGCGGCGUUGCACUUCGCCGUUAUUUAUGAUAGAAUGUGCAGUGUGGACCUCGAUUCGGGCGUUAGAUAUGGCAACUGGAAGGUGGUGAAGUACCUCGUAGAACACGGAGCGGACGUCAACGUUAAGGACAACAACGGCAACACGUUGCUGCAUUUAGCCGUCGUACAAGACAGAUUCGAUACUGUUAAGUACCUCGUGCAAUGCGGCGUAAGCGUUAACGUUGCAAAUAAUGAUGACAGAACGGCGCUGCAUUUAGCUGCUGAGUAUAGAAGACUUUUCAUUCUCGAAUAUCUCGUGGAACACGGUGCAGACGAUGGUGGAUACAACGAAGAAAACUCUGAAGCUGGGGAAUACGUGAGUAAGAAAUAUGAUUAAUGGGUGCCGUUACAUACCUUGUGGGACGCUGUGCAGCUAUUAAAGGCUA